GCCAACAUUGAGUGAAUAACGUUAUAUUGUUUUGUGCAAUUGUUUAGUCAAGAGCGUUCUUGUGUCCGGUCAAUCAAUAAAGUCAACAUUUUUAUUGCCUUUCUUUCUUUUAAAGAAAAAGAGGCUUUCGAAAUUUUAAUCCUGCAAGUUGUGUGUUUUAUUAGCUCGGUAAAAAAUGGUGCUAAAAAUUUUUGUGUUACUCUUUUUCUUAUUUUAUUCCGUUUCAAUAGGAAAUACCAACAAAAUAAAUUAUAUUUUCAAUUGGCGACAGGACCCCUGUCCUUUUUUAUGGGACCGCCCGAAUCAUACUUUAUUGGUGCCCCCUAGUACAUUUGAAUAUGGAAAUACUAUAUUAACUGGUACCCGACAUCACGUAAUACCAUUUCAGGUUCUGCGUAAUUUUUUUUCCUUUGCUGUGCAACGAAGCAGGGAAGCGUCCCGAAUCGGGGAAUAUUUAUCUGCAUACAUUUCUACAAUAACGGAUCAAUUAAUUGACAGAGGACAAUCUGUCCAGCGUCCAGAACCGAUUCCCACUGACGCUGAAGCUGUUAUCUUCAUUGAUCCAAUGGAAGAAAUGUUUGCAUCGCUAACAUGGUUACCCGGUAAUAUAUUUCUAGGGCCUGCGCCGCAAAAUCGUCGCCGUGACGAUCCCCUGAACCAAAGAGGUGGAGACCCGGGUAACGCAUUCGAGCAGUACGCAAAUAGAAUAAUCAGAGAUGAAGCACACUUUACUGCUCUGGAAAAUCUGAAUCGCGAUAUGCAACUUUAUCUCAAUAAUCCCUUAAAUUUUGAUUUAUUUUUUCAAAUAAUGCAUAAUUUAGAUAUUGUCAACAGAAGAACUACCCCUUUUCCUUUCGAUGCACAGGAUUGGGAAAAAGUUAAUGGAAAGUUUGUUAUUCGAAAGCCAUCUGAAAGACAUAGAAAGAAACGAUACGAAGACCAAAUUCCACUACCGCCAGUUGAACCCGACUCGGAGCCAUCAUCUGAUGAUGAUCCUUUCGAUUAUUUUGUUGGAUUCUGUAGAGCGGUAGAGCGACAAUUACCGAAGAGCAAUAUUCCGCUCCAAAACAAAUACAUAAAAGUAAACGAUAAAAUGGAAUUUGGUUGUCCCAAAAACACCUACAUUAUAGUAAAACGAGCAACCUUACAAAUCAUGCCUUGGCCAGUCUAUACUUUUUCUCUUGGGCUAGCAUGCCUUACGGGAGAGUGUUCAAAACAGGACGGAACCGAUACAUUUAAAAGGUUUUGUGACAACAAGAGGUCAUGCGUAUUUUCUACGAAUGAAACCAAAGGUUUGGAUGUAGAAAUAGAUUAUUAUUGCUCGCAUGUAUUAACACCUAUCAAAGAAAGAAAAGAAUUGGAGAAAAAAUUUCGCUGGAGUUCAAACGAAUUUGAACUUAAUUGCCCCUUGAAUUAUAACAUACGGGUGGACAAAGCAGUGAGACACAAGUCCCUUCUUUUUAGUUGUUUAAUUGAUGAUUGCAAUGAAAAGGACAUCACAACAAUAUUACGGGAAUAUUGCAACGGAGAAAAUCCAUGCAAAAACAGUAUAGAGGAUUGGGGCUUGCAACCAAUAACCGUAGAUUUUUCUUGUAUUCCAAAUGCAUCCAUACUUGUGUGAUGCUAAUAACCAGGACGAGUAUAAAAGCUGCCGUUCAAUGAUUGAAUGUUUAGGAAUGUAAACCCCAGUUUUUGGGGUAUAAACAUUACACCAAUAAAGUGCCAAUCAUUUUAAAAUUCAAAACAUAAAAUAAACUUGCACACUUGCUCUUACAAUUAAAAUUCUUAAAAUUUU